CCCAAAUUAACUUAGUUCAAUCUCAGCUAAUUGAGAUUCUCUCUGCUGAUUACUGGCAUAUUCAAGGCUACAAACCUUUAGGCAUCCUAAUCGAAACCGCCAGAUAUACUAUAUGUCAAGGUACUCUGUAAUAGGUUGAAUCUCAUAGCCGUCUCUCAUAAGAACCAUUUCGUCUGAAGAAGUUUUAUGGUUGUACCUGAAUAUCACGGUUAAAGUUUCCCAGCCUUUGACACCACCAGAACUCUAUUGGGGGAGCAAUAAACGUGUCAAAAUCUGAUUCGAGGAAGGUUAGGACUAAUUUUGAAGAAAAAGAACACUAUAAAGAAGAUGUUGGGCCCGCCAGUUGUUGAAAGCGUGAUAAAGCUAUGGAGUACAUGGAAGAUCAGAGGACUGAUUAUUCUAAGCCUCUUGGUUCAGUGCUUUCUAAAUCUGUUUGCACCAUUAAGGAGACAAAGUGGGAAUAAAUGGAUCGUGGUUCCGAUUUGGUUGACAUACUUGCUUGCAGACUGGGUUGCUACAUUUACUAUUGGACUCAUGGGACGUGCCGAAGUAAGUGACAUCCUAGCCUUUUGGGCACCCUUUCUUUUGUUGCAUCUUGGUGGCCCCGAUAGCAUUACAUCCUUCUCUUUGGAGGAUAAUGAGCUUUGGUUAAGGCACUUGUUUGGGCUUAUGUUACAAAUUGGUUCAACUGUUUAUGUUAUGCUUCAAUCACUCCCAGGCAAGAAGCUUUGGCUCCCAACCCUCCUAGUGUUCAUUGCAGGAAUAAUCAAAUAUGCAGAGCGAAAUUAUGCUUUUUAUCUUGCAAGCUUUGACCAUUUUGAACAGCCUGCCACGGGCAUUAUCAAGAAUCUACUUGUAGGGCCCCUUGUGCAUCCACAAGUACGCCAUACCAACAGAGAAGUAAUUAAAGAGGGAGGGUCAAAAGAGGUCCUUCUGAAAUUAGAGACUGAGCUAAGCCUCUUGUAUGAAGCCCUCCACACCAAAUUGCCCGUGGUUUGCUGUAAGAUUGGAUAUGUUUUGCGGGCCAUUAGUUUUGGUUGCAUUUUUGGAGCCUUGUUGUCAUUCGGCUUAAUUCUCAACCACUACCACAAGUUGGGAAAGUUUGAAAUCUGGCUAACCUAUGGUCUGUUGAUCGGGGCCAUAACAUUGGAUUUCAUAUCCAUCGGAUUUCUUAUUUUUUCCGAUUUCAAUCUAGCUCUCGGAAAGAUUCCGAUUCCGGAAUGCAAAAUUGUGGCCUGGAUUAAAAACAGACGUAGGUGGUCCAGAAGAAUCCCCCAGUGCAACUUUAUAACCUGUUUUGUUAAUGACCGUCCAUAUUGGCUCAACAAAUUGGCUGAUUUUCUUCACAUAAGGAAUGUUUUGGAUGCCAUUAAACUAAGCAGAUGCUUGUCCUCCAAAACUUUAACGGAAGAAGUGUGGCACUUCAUUCUUGAAGAAGUGAAAAAAAAGGCUGCGUUUGCAGCAACGGUAGAACAGGGCAUCAAAAUUUCUUUGAAAAGAGGUGAUGGAAUUCUUGACAGCAACAACGAAUAUAGGCGUCUCAUCUGGAGCGUCAAGGAUUUGGAUUACUCGAAAAGCCUUCUGACAUGGCACUUUGCCACCGAUUUGUGCUUUCAUGACGAGGACGAUAGUUCUACAUCAAACAAUAUGGAUGGGCAUUUAAUAAAUUACAAAGCGAUUUCCAAGUUACUCUCAGAUUAUAUGUUAUACCUUAUGGAGAUGCAGCCAGGCAUGAUGUCCACUGUGUCCCUUGAUUGGAAAGAUGUACAUAAGCAAUCAUGUGACGAUAUAAAGUGCUUUUUCAAUAGUCCGUCCAGUUUGGAUGGAAAAUUUUUCUCCAGAGCAGUACUUCAAUUGGAUCCAGACAGUCGUGACUUCUUAUUCAAGUUUCCAUUUUAUAGGGGUGCAAAACGGUAUCCUAUUUUACAUUAUCAUGCGCAUAAGCUUGCCCAUCAGCUGAAGGGAUUUCACGAGGGAUCGCAUCGCAUUCCGUGGAAAUUAAUGAGCCAAGUUUGGGUGGAAAUAAUGUGCUAUGCAGCUAUUAAUUGCAAGCCAAAUGUGCAUGCACAGCAACCAAGUAAAGGUGGAGAACUCAUCACUUUAGUUUGGCUGUUGAUGAAUCAUUUGGGCAUCGGAACUCAGUUUGCAAGUCCAGAAACAAAGUCUGAAGAUAUUAUUAGUGCUGAUGAUACUAAUGCUGAUGAUACUGAUGCUGAUGAUGUUAGGCUUGAGGUGACGUCUGAUGAUUUUAGAGCUGGGCGUGAGAAGAAUCGUUUCAAGAAUGCUGCUUUACUUCUGAUGCAGCAGCGUCAACGUCAGCGUCAACAGGUCAAUGUAGAGCAGAGCCAGAAUUUAAUGUGAGAGGGGCCAAAUUUCAAAUUUGUAGACACUCAGGGGUAUGUAUGUUUAAUUUGGCAUUUCGUUGUAUCAUACGUUAUUAUUCACUUGUUUUAUGCAUUGGACACUACAAGCAGAUGUUCCUAUACUAACGGAAGUUUUUCAUCUAUAUAUACCUUUUUUUGGUCAAUAUAAACCCUUACGGACU